AUGGCUUUACAAACAUCAAAUUUGAACGAGUUGGCAAACAAUCUGAUCAAUAGUUUGGACAGAAAUAAAAUUUUCCCUCCAGCUCAUAAUAAUCCACAAGAAUUAAUAAAUAUAACAUCCCCGAAUACACGUACAAAAAGACCACCAAACGGUUUUUUAUUAUGUCGUAAGAAUGUUCAUAAAGAAGCUAGACUGAAAGGAAUUUGUAAUAUGCGUGUAAUAUCAAAAGUUACUGGAAUGUUAUGGAGAGAUGCUUCAUCAGAAGAGAAGGAAUUUUAUGAACAAUUGGCGAUUGAUGUCCAAAAUUUACACUCUCAGAUACAUCCAGGAUAUAAAUACAGACCAACAUCACGUUCAAAGGCUGUGCCUUUAUAUCAUCCAUACAUUGAUACAACUUCAAUCCCUUUUCCCACCCAGGUGGUGACUCCACAAGUCAAUUAUCAUUAUCAAACAUCGGAAUUGUUAUCACAACCUCUGCCAGAAUUUGAUCCGAUACAAUUUUUUAAUCAGCCUCCAUGCAAUAGU